AUGGAGAUGGGCAAACAGAUUCAUUUAGAGCUGCGGAACAGGACGCCCUCCGAUGUGAAAGAACUUGUCCUGGACAACAGUCGGUCGAAUGAAGGCUUCCCAGACCUGGAAUUCUUAAGUACAAUCAACGUAGGCCUCACCUCAAUCACAAACUUGCCAAGGGCAAACAAACUUAAGAAGCUUGAACUAAGCAGUAACAGAGCCUCAGGGGGCCUAGAAGUAUUGGCAGAAAAGUGUCCAAACCUCAUACAUCUAAAUUUAAGUGGCAACAAAAUUAAAGACCUCAGCACAAUAGAGCCCCUGAAAAAGUUAGAAAACCUCGAGAGCUUAGACCUUUUCAAUUGCGAGGUAACCAACCUGAACGACUACUGAGAAAAGAUGUUCAAGCUCCUCCCGCAACUCACAUAUCUCAAUGGCUGUGACCCGGAUGACAACGAGGCCCCUAACUGGGAUGGUGAGCGCUACGUGGAGGGCCUGGAUGACAAGGAGGAGGAUGAGGAUGAGGAUGAGGAGGAGUAUGAUGAAGAUGCUCAGGUAAUGGAAGACGAGGAGGGCGAGGAGGAGGAGGAGGAACGUGAAGAGGAGGAGGUGAGUGGAGAGGAGGAGAAGGAUGAAGGUUAUAACAAUGGAGAGGCAGAUGACGAGGAAGAUGAAGAAGAGCUUGGUGAAGAAGAAAGGGAUCAGAAGAGAAAAUGAGAAACUGAAAAUGAGGGAGAAGAUGAUGACUAA